GGAGGGCGGACGGCAGCGCGAGCGCUCGGCUCGGGGCCGCGGGAGCAAGGGGGACACCGCGGCGGCAGCGGCUGCUGCUGCAGGACGAGCCCAGGGGGACACCGCCCCUGCCCGCGCUCUGCUACAGCCCAGCGCUGCUCCCCAGGGGCCCGUGCGGACUCGCCUGCGUGACGUGUCACGAUGUCUGACCGGAAGGCAGUGAUCAAGAACGCAGACAUGUCUGAGGACAUGCAACAGGAUGCCGUUGACUGCGCCACACAGGCCAUGGAGAAGUACAACAUAGAGAAGGACAUUGCCGCCUAUAUCAAGAAGGAAUUUGACAAGAAAUAUAAUCCUACCUGGCAUUGUAUCGUGGGCCGAAAUUUUGGCAGCUAUGUCACACACGAGACAAAGCACUUCAUCUAUUUUUACUUGGGUCAAGUUGCAAUCCUCCUCUUCAAGUCAGGCUAGGUGGCCGAGGUGAAGGUGUCAGUGGCGGCGGCAGCGAUGGCAAGCAGGCAGCGUUGCUGGGACUGUUUUGCCCUGGGGCCAGCAUCAGGAAGUCCUCUCCAAUGGCUGUGCUACUGCAUGGACUGUGUACUCGAUUUCAUGUGUGUGUCGCAGUAAACAAAAACCAAACUUCUUUCUGUUUAGUUGCCUGGGGAAGAAGGCUGCUUUAUGUUUAUUUUUUUUAAGACUUCAAAAAUAUUUUUUUGGUUGUACUGCACUAGGAAAUCUCUCCCACCCCUCCUUUUCCUCUUUGUCUCCCUAGUUAAAUAAAAGGCCCUCAGCGAGCUGGAAAGACUAGGAGGGCUGGGGAAUAGAAGUAGGUUUCAAGGCUGAAAAAAGACUGCAGCUGCCUCUCAGGUGGUGGAUGCUGCUCUGAGAGGGCCGGGGGCCUGUGAGAACAGGUUAGGGUUGGCACAGAGAGGGUAGGUAGGUGGGGGACUGCUAGUACCAGGGAGAAUAUUCCACUGAACUGUGACUUUAGGCUUGGGGCAGGGGUGGGUGGGGUGCAGUCUUUAAGGGGCCCUGCGAUGUGUUUGUGGUGUGGAGUGGGAGCAGACUCGUCUUGCUGUCUUUGUCAGGAUUUCUGAGUAAGGGCUGUGUCUUUGUGGGUUACCUUCGUUUAUUCCAGCCAGAGAUCGUGUUGGUAGGAAGCUGGGAGUAAGAUUAGCUUGACUUUUCCCUUUAC